CCAGAAUCAUCAUGUAAAUUAACUGAAUGGACGACGACUGUUGCUUGUUGGGAAGAAAUUAACGUUACCUAGAGGGCGCUGUAAACUACAGUGCCUGUACACGUUAUCAUCCAUUAGGGGGCGUGGUAAGCAUGGUGCAGCUGUUUUAUUAUGAGACUCGGGGCAAAUGUUGCCGCAAGGUGUUUAACUAUGAGGGUUACCCUACCAAGGUGAUGUUGUUUCCGUACGAGGGUUGGGCCCAGCCAGCUCUCGUAUCCUACUGGCUUCUAAAAACCUAUUGGUGGAGCAGAUCACGCUGUAAGAUUGUUGAGGUCUCAGGGGUCAAAAAACGUACCACCAAAGGCAAAAUGGCAGACAAGGGCAGUGGCGCCAUGACCAUAACGGGGAAAUUCAAAGACACUGUAUCUCCUGAUUUUAAGAUGACGUUGACGACGAAUAUAAGUAACGCCGAUUUCCAACUCGGGUACUGCGUCACUGGAACGCUUGAACGAGGUGACAAGAAAAGGUCUGAUCUCCAACUAACACAUUUUGCUAUGGUUAAGAGAAAAGGAUAUUGACAUUACCCAUGUGAUCGUUUCCAUCUUGCGAAAAGUCUAACAUUGCUAUUUUGUCCAUUGUAUUCCAAAUUAGGCGCUACAUGAAAUUGCCAGAAAACUUAUCGCCCAAUACAGACCUAGAUGGACGCCCAUUCUCUUGUUCCAUUCCAGUGCAAUAGCUAUACGUCGUCAUUCCGUGUUGUGCCAAUGCAGUGUGUCCGCCAGCCAUAAGUAGUCGAUAAGAACUUCAUUCCUGUUGUGUACUUGAAAUAGAUAUUCCGAAUCAAAAUUCGGAAUGAAUAGUAUUUCUGAAUGAGAGUUUCUAGUAGGUUAUUA